ACAACAGGACCUGUGUUUGGGUUGAGCAUGGGACUGCAUGGGUCUAAGCACCCUCAGCAGGCUCAGAUUGUGAUGCUGGGCCUGGACGGCUCGGGGAAGUCCACCCUGCUCUACAAGCUCAAGUACAACGAGUCUGUCGUCACCGUGCCCACCGUGGGCUUCAACAUGGAGAUGCUGGAGACGGAGGUGAGGGGUCCGGGGUUGACCGUGUGGGACGUGGGAGGCCAGCAGAGGAUGAGGCCCCACUGGAAGCACCACUACCCGGGCACGGAGGCCCUGGUGUUUGUGGUGGACAGCUGGGACCGCAGGCGUCUGGAGGAGGCAAAGAAAGAGCUCCAUCUGGUCAUUAUUAUUUAUUCAUAAUCCAACUUUUUAUACAAUUCUGGUUUGUCCAGCCAUGUUCUGGGAGGACUGGUGUGGGCCUGGAGGAAGGCUUCAGAAGGGUUGCCUAUCUGUUGAAGACUUCACUAAAGCAGACUGAUACGGAUAUAAAGAGCACAGCAAAACAACUGAAAGACAAAAGGCCUGGGCUGCAGUUAGGACCAGUGAUUAUAAAACUAUGUGGAUGGGUGUAAUAAUCUCCCUUGGAUUAUUUUGUAUUUUUCUUCAGGAUUAUGUUGAGCAGAGUCCAUGA